CCGUUGCUGAGUGACUCGGAACGCACUUGCCAGUAUGUAAACAUCGGGAAUUUCUACAAACUUCAGGAUGUAAUUAAGAACAAACACACAGGGUGGCAUUGACAACGACAGAUUGCCAAGAUGAUGAGCUUGUCUGAUUUGUACCAGCCUGGUACCUCAGAGAAAGUACAGGACUUGGACCAUGACUUGAAGAAGGAACUUGAUGAACUGAAAGGUGCAGUGGAGGAGUUUGAACUCCUGUUUCAAACCCCAGCUAAACCCAUCAGUACUGUACACAUUCCUAAGGAUGCAGAGCAUUUCAAAUUGGAAAGAAAGCUGGUGAUAUCACGACUACUCCAGGUGAGCGAGUCCCAGCCACUGAAGCUACAGGCAGAUCUGAUGAAGGAGGAGAUGAUGACAUGUGAUUCACUAGAAUAUACACCCAAAAGUCUGCCCCUCCUCCUUCACCAGUAUUUUCUGGAGAGAAUUCAGCAGCUGAUUCACUGUAAAUAUCUACACAUGCUGAGAUGGAAACGGUUCUGUGAACACACAAGUUCCAUAGAGACACUGUACCCUCACUAUACCAAGCGCCUCACCCGAAUAGUGGCCGAGUUCAAUGACUGCGUUGCAAGAGCAAAGAGGCUUAGUGCUGCUAGAGAGGCAUUUCUGGCGGGUAGCGACACGGGAAUGAGUUACGUGAAGAUUGAAGAUCUUCUUAUUUACCUGAGGUGGCUCACCUGUCACAUGUACUCCAUGAGGACCCCAAACCAGUUCCUCAAGAUACUUCACUGGUUGCCGAUCCUGUACAAAGCUGAGACAGUUCCCCCAAGUAAAGACCAUGAGGAUAUGGAGGACACAACUAGUGCUUCUAAAAUCGCAUCCCGUUAUCAGGACGACAACAUGGGGGGUGGCUUAUUCCAGAAGCCGAAGCCUGGUUCAUCAUCCCGUCCUGGCUCAGCGGCGUCUGCACAAGCUUCAAACGCUGUACCUCCAGCGCCACCUAUCAGUGCUAAUCUCCUGACAACGUCGCCACUUCCAUCAUCGGCUUUCACAAUGGCUGCCGCUGCAGCAGGUGGCGGCCUCGCAACUGAUGAAGGCUCACUUGGGAUUCCACUCAACGUGAUUGACUUCGACUCUCUUAAGCCUCAUCUUAGCUUCCUCCUCAACAUUUAUGGAAUCAAUUAUGAUUUGGAGAGCAUACACACACCUGCUGAUGAAAUGGAGUUGUACGCAGCCGUAAACAGAAAAUUCCGACUCCUAUUCCUGCGUCAAGAAAGCAUGAGAACGUUCAAGGCCUAUGACCGUUUGGAGGUUGGAAUGGAGAACUGGGGCUCAGAUUCCUCGACACACUCUCUCAGACAGGAAGCAAACUGGGUUCCCUACAUACGCCUUCGUCCCGAAAAGGAACCCAUUCAGGAGAAGAAAUGGACACAGCUACGUCAGUCCAACAAAGUUGAUGAGAUCCUCAAAAUCAAAUAUGGUUUCCUGAAUAUGGGUGAACCUAAGAGAGUACAGGAUAUUUUACGAGACCACGCAGCAGUUGUCCGCGACCCUGUCCCAGUGUUCCCAGCCUACGUAACCUCAAAUGCGACCCCUUCUGGCUACAACACUGCUGCCACCUGGAGGAAAAUCUACAGCAAUCCAGAUCGCUAUACAGAUGAGGAUGCUGAUGACGAAAGCCGGGAGCUUGAUGACAAAGAAAUAGAAAAUGUUGAUCUGACACAGUCCCGAGCUUCAAGUGCACGGAAACGUAAAGACAGCUAUGACUACAUGAACACAGUGAGGAUGCUGGGUAUGGAUGAUGGAAAGGAGGACACAGAUCCAGCAACUGUUCAGGGGGCUUACCUGUCCUUUUUACACCUGCGGCAUUUGAGACUCCGGGACCUCCACCGAACAGUUCUGAGUUGCUUGAACUACUACCGCUCAUUAGAAAGAACACUUUCCAUAAACGAUGCUGGUCUGACGCAGGAGGGAAACGAUUUCAAGAAGACAUUCCCACAGAACCAUAGACGAUCGACAGAGCAUGAUGGGACAGUUGGAGGAGGUGGAGGUAUCGGUAACCAUGGUUACAUCCACAACACACCAGCAGACUACAAGUUGAAUGAAUCGGAGUUUAUCCAGUAUGCUGAUGUGGAUAACCAUGAUGAUUUCUACACGAUCGAGGAAGGGCGUGUUCAUGUACAUGAUCAGCGUGGGUACUUCAUCAUCUACGAUGCUGCAGAGGCUGACCUCAAAGAUCUUGAGAAGGACUUGUUACUAGUAGCAACCCACUACAUAGAAAAGGACCGAGACUUCAGGCAGCAGUCACGCAUCGUCAGAUCGUCAGACUCCAUGAAACGAAGACAGAUAUCAGAGAUGGGUCCCGGAGAUUUCGACAUCGCCAGCUAUGCACACCAAGAGGUGGACAGAUUCGGGGUCCUGAUGGACCUGUGGACAAACGAGGCUGCCUACCAGGAGUGUAAGCGUGAGCUUUUGGACUGUUACAUUGAGGCGUAUCAACACGUGUUUGAUCGGGACGAGAAGCGAGCGCUAGCACAAGUCAUCACCAACCUCAUCUACAAACGGCCUCGCUUUGACUUUGAUACCACCUACUUCGUGAAGACCUAUAGGACGGAGUGUGUCAUAAUGAGACAGACCACAUCACUGGUCAAGGCCAUGCUUGACCGACAGGUGGAGCAACAAAGAGAGUAUACCCAGAAAGUGUGCCGGGAGGGUGACACAGAGUUUGGUCUGCCCCUGUGUGUUAUCCCCAAACAGCCUAUCUCAGUGAACCUGAGCCGACCAGCCCUGAAGAAUGUGUACAUGCUUGAGUUCCACACUUCACUGUCCAUGGCCAGCAAGAUCCCGGAGGCACUAAAGUAUGCCCUACAGGAACUUAUACAUGCCCACAGACCAGAGUCUGUGUACGACGCCCUCAUCAUAGAAAAGAAGAUGUUAGAGGCAGCAAACAAGGAAUGGAGUAAGAUGCCACGACCAGGAAAGUCCUACUCCGACCAGCUGGAGAAAGAUUUGUUUUCUGAAGUGUUUGCCGACGAUCCGUUGUUUAUGUGCGAGAUCGCCCAGAACAUGGUUGCCCAGGGUGCAGAGGAGGCACAGAGAAAGCCAGCCAAGGAGAGACAGGCACUAAUGGUAGCUACUGUCGGCAGACUCAUGGAGGCGCUGACCUACCGUUAUAGACUGAUAGACUCAGCCUGGGAAACCGACAUACUUGCCAAGAUCUAUAAGAAGCAGGCGGAGGAGAUGGGAUACCACGAAUCUCACAUGUAUAUACGCUUUGUCCAGUUUGAGUAUGCGUCGUACAAGGAGGACGCUGGUAAACCUCCACCCACCUUCAUGACCCAGGACCAAGACGAUGAAUCAGCAGCUGACAGAUAUGUGCCAAUCAACAUGUUUCUUGGUAUACACGAGUUGGAUGAGGGUCACGUUGGUCGAUUCAGCUUCCGGACCCGAGAGGGCGUCCUACAGGUCAUGCGCCCGGGUGGUGUAGAAAGUUUGUCUGCGGUACUGAAGGCACAGAUCGUACAGAAGAAUGCCCUUCUGACUGCGGUUCAGCUCGUGGAUGUCUGUACUCCACUGAAAGAGCCGGAGAACUUCAAAAGUGGAAGAUUGAGUCCUACAGAAACCAAGAGUGAGAAAAGUUCCCUGACACAGUUGACGGGCUUCUCCAGUGGGACUGGGGGCACGGCUCUAGGCUCCAAGGGCUUAGGCAGGACAGCCCGCAAUAGACCCCUCCCCGAGUCUUUUGUGUCCAUUAAACUGGAAAAGACCCCGAGUCGGGACCUGAUGCUGAAUCAGUUUGUACACAAGAAGAGUCAGAUGGGUAUGCUCCUGAGGAAUGUGGAGGAGAUGGAGAAAUUGAAGAGGAACCUGAUUUCCGAGUUCUGCUACAUGUUCAAUCGACGGAUGGCCCAGUUUUCCUUGAGAGGACAAAUAAUCGCUUACUACAACAGCAUACUGCGUCUGCUGGAGGACUUUCCAACAUUACGGAACACCUACUUCAUGCUGGGGGAACCAAGUGAAAAGAAGGAGGAUGUGGACGACCUCUCUGGACUGACCCCAGAUCCAAGGCAGAGGAAAUCCCGUCCCCGACAACUUCUCACCACCGAUGGAAAACACGUCCUCAAUAUCUGGUUCAUUCCACAUCACACGGAGGCUUUGAGCAUGUUCAAGAAGCUGGACGAUGCUGACUGUGUGCGUGCGCUGACGUACACAGUCAUGAUUGUGUCCUCGUUACACGAUAUGCUCCAGUACCUGUGUGCACACUCACGACUCGGAAGCUCUCUCGCUCGACUUGGGUCACGUAAGAUGGAAUUUGUAUCAGCAGAUUGGGGUGGAAUAGAAGGCAUAGGAUCUGAGUUGAGAGAAAUUCAGAAGCAGAUUGACAGUUUGCCGAAUCCAAACGACCCGGGAACCAUUGCUGAGCUGCUGAAUCUGCGGAAGGAUGUAAUGUUCCUUGAGUUUGAUACAGCUGUCCGACACUGCAUGACCGAUACUUUCUUAUCGACGGGCAACGUACAGGCUUAUAAGUCAAUCAAGCAGAACAUUCAUCACGCUCUACCGGCUCUGAGUAACAUUCAACGCCCUGCUGUGUAUAGUUCUCAACUCACGAUUCCUGAACCGGUGGAGCCGAGGGAUUUAAUCGCACGUGAACUUUUCCCAUACAGAUCAUUCCUUGGCAGGACCGGGCCUUUCUCGUUGGCUCUUUAUCAGUUCCACAUGAUUGAAUACUACAUACAGUUGUGUUUGGCGGGACUCAAGGAGGUGGACAGACACGUGGCUAACGGGGAGAUCCUAGGAGUUACACUGUUGAUGGAGGACGCCUUACAGUCGGGAUACGAGGACCCGUCAGCUCUGGCCGAUGUUGACGAAACAGAGUCAAAAGCCAGCAAGAAGGAGGGGCCAGGGUCACGUGGGGGGUCAAGGACAGGUUCACGGGCCACAAGUCGUACAGACGUGCAUAAGGAACCUCAGGAGGGCGUUGUUGCCAAGAUUGCCACAGGAAGUAAUAGCCUAUCCCGAACCCAGCAGCCAAUAGAAGCUUACCGUCUGCUCAAAUUCUUUCUCAUGCAAUGGAAAUGUCUGGAGUUCCUGAAGUUUGAUUGGGGGAAGUGGCGUCUACAAGUAGAGAAGAUAGAGUCUCCUCAUCUGUUCAAGGAAUUUUGUAAACUGUACAAGACUGAAAUUCUCAUGCCAGUGUUGACGAGCAUUGCUCGUCGUCUCGGACAGGGAGAAAUGUACGAAGGUAUCGCCUUAGACACAGACCCCCUUGUCAUGCCAAAAGGGGCAUCAGAGAUUGAGGUCAGGUCUAAACAGCUGAUCAAAUUGUUGGAAACCUAUGAAUGUCACCAAAUUAUGGAGAUCCGAAAGAAGAUUGCAAGGGAGAUGACUCUAGUCACGACAGAGCGGGCACGGGAGGAGUCAGCAUUAUCAACAGAUCUUUGGAAACGUCCUGCCAUGAAGGAGAGUUUCACCAUCAACAAACCUCACCUAACCGAGAACUUUGUUGACCUACUUAUGUCUAACGCCAGAGAAGGGGAGGAAGGUAAGGAAGGGGAGGUAACCUUUACCUCAGAACACCUCAAUCGCUGUAUCAUGGAGCUGGCCUCCCAAGUCAUGGGCCGUGAAAAGAGCAACUUUGAAAGCUACACAAUGUACUAUGAGAACCUGAUGAAGGUCCAUCACCAACUGCUCUAUCAAAAGGAACAAGAAGUGAAGCAGCUGAAGGACCAGGUCAAGAUGUACCAGAAUAACGUCCAGGUGGAGGUCCAGUGUGACCUGGCUACCCAGGCACACGAUAUGUUAAUGGAGAUCACUGCCCUACGAGCUAAGAUCUUUGAAAUGCGGCAAACGAGUCUAAACCAGGAAGCAGAGAUACGAGACAAGGUGAAAAAGGAGUAUAAUGACCUUGUAGGGAACAUGAUGGAGGCAUGCGACCACAUCAAGGCAAAGUUUGACGAGUUCAGGCAUGAGUUACAUGAUGACGUAAAUGACAUGAUCACAGACACGCGACGAGAAACACUGAGGUCCAUGGAGAGCGUCAAACAGAAGACGAUGGCAGACGCAGGCUUAAAACAACCGGAAUAUGAAGAACUGAUCCAGAGAAACCUUGCCAAGUCUGAACAGAUCCGGGAACUGAAAAAUGAGAACCACAAUCUGAACGUCCUUGUCCUCAAGAUCAAGGCCAUGAACAAUUGGAGACAGAACCACACCAACCUGCGUUUUGUCAAAACGAUAAACCAACUGAAGAUGGAUGCUAACCAUAGUAAGAAGGAAUAUGUUCAAAUUAAGAUGAAAGCAGACGAGAAAGUGAUUUUACUCCGUCAACAAUUGUCAGCCAUCAGAAAGGCUCUCACCUCCACAGAGAAAGAAUGUAACGAGAUACGCAAACAGCUGGACAAAGAGUUGAAGGAGAAGUUGGAGAAGACACACGAGGAAAUGCAGCGAGCAGCCAGUCAGAAACAGCUGGAAAUGGCUAAACAAGCUAACAUAGAAAAACUGAUCGACGAGCUGGACUAUAAGGAUACACGGCUGAAGACCAUGUUGGACGUCCAGGAAAAAAACACAAAGUUCCAGAUAAUCCAACAGGAAAAAGUGCGCAAGGAUGUGGACUGUAUUAGGAAACAGCUCAGCCACGAACGGGGGCUCAAACUGGAUGCCUUCAACCGCGUCGACGAACUCCAGACACAUGUGUACGACAUUGAAUCUGCCUUUAUGACGAGGACACAGUCAGCUAUCACAGCACGACCACAGUCUCCAGCCCAAACAGUCAAGUCCAAUAACUCUAAACGAGCUCAGUCUGCCUACGGUACGGCACGGAGUCGGAUGUCCAGUCGGGGCACCCCCACCUCCUCUGGGGUGUGGCCUCCACCCGUCUCUUGGCCCGCGGGUCACAGGAGCAUGACCGCCGUCCCACCCUCCACACAUGACUACAACAAUCUCGACAAGAAAUCCAUACAGCGACCAAAAACUUCGUACAUGAAACAAGUGGUGCACAGUCGACUGCGGAGUAGAAUUGCAGAACAGCUGAUGAAUGAGCUGGAGUUGGACAAUGAUAAUACGAUCAUACAGCUGGAGAAAUUACAGUUAGAUAGUGGCCGACCCAAGGAAACCGCAUACUGAUUACAGGACAAGGGACAUAACUCAUGGUCUUAUAAAUGAAACAAGGCAAGGGACGUAACUCAGUCUUACAGAUGAGACAGUCUGGUGAAUUUGGUGACAUGAUUUCCUACUUUUCACACGUGACUUGAUAGUGAAACUGAAAAAAAAAUAGCUCUUUCCAUGCAAAUUGCUCUGUGGAAUCUUUUUUUUUCUUUUUGAAUCAAGGGAAACAAGCACUGCCAUGCAACAAAAGAUAUCACUCCAGAGUCUCAAUAUGCCAGGGAUUAUUGCUUUCCAAAAAUUCCUAUACAAUGUUCAAGAUGCUUUAAUCAGGACUUUGUAGGACUGUUCAAGGGGAAAUAACUCCUGAUUGCUUGGAAUUUUGAAAGCACUUCCCCUGCAAAGAUAUUGUGAGAGAGAUGAAACGUUUUCUUUUUACUAGUUAACAUUCAAAGUUGCUGUGAAAAACCUGUAAUAAGUUUAACAUUUAGUUAUACUUCACUUUCUCAAUAUUUGAUAUGAUUAUAAAAAAAAGCAUCAAGAUGAACACUGAGGUACUAAGAUACAGCCUACUAGAUGUAAACAAGUUGAAGGAAUAAUUGUUUCAAAUUAAACAGGUGAUUUGAUUUACCUGCAUUUUUGAUGAUACUAAAUUAAGGAUAAGAUGAUUAUAAACAAUUCUCGGUCAGAAAUAUAAGGUCUGUUAAAUUCUCUUCUGUCAACACAAAUAAUACCAAAAUGAUGUGUCAGUAGUGUCACAAACUUCGUGCAUGCUACAGUAAAACGCAUUGUUGAUAUUGAACUAGAUUUUACUGGUGGCUUUUAUGAAGUUCUUUCAGAUUUUUGUGUAAAACACAACAUAUUUUUUACUUUAAUUCAUAUAAUGCAUGCAAUAAGUAAGAUGCUAGUGUGUAUGAAUAAGAUGUGACUAUAAAUACAUUUAUUUAAAUGUUGAAUAGACAUUUUUUAUAUUGUUUUGGUAUAAGGAAAUUUUGAGCUUAAACUUGUUGAUAAUAUAUUUUAAUAUAACAUAUUCAAAGAUUGUGCCUUUUUGUGCCUGUGACAAAAAGUUAAGAAUUUACGUUUAAGUAAAUAUUGUGACCCAAGAUAUGAAUAUUAAUAAUUUUGUAUUCUUUUCUAACGGUGUCUGGUGUUUAUAACUUAUGACGUUAUUGUUGUGUUACAUUAAUGUCAUAUUUUCGUAAAAUUUGCGAGUUUAACUAGAUAAAAUAAUAUCUUAUGGUUUGUUUUUUGUAAAAAUGGAUAUAUUGUGAGAAAAUGUAGGAUUACCUGAAACUCAGGAAUUCAGACUAUUCCAUCUUUAAGGUAUUCAGCUAUCAGUUCAAGUCGGUGUUGUCUGUUUUUACAUUGGUGCUAAUGAAUAUUCAAUACAUCUUAUGAAUAUUUAUGAACCAAAUAUUCUAUAUGGAAAAAAAAAAUAAAAAAUAUAUAACUUGAAAUUAUUAUGCAU